AAGGAGUGGGUCUCAAACCCAGAGGACAACAUGUGGCGCUUGGGCGAGUAUCUUACAGAACAAGGAGUAGGUUGCUGGCAUUGAACACAUGGCAAAUAUUUCAGAAAGCUUCAAGAUCAAGUUGGAGAAAGAGACAGUUGUUCUUCCAAAUUCAUCUGCCUCAGCUGUUAUUUUCAUUGGAAAUGGACAAUGGAAUAGUCUCUAGCUUUAUCAUGAUCAAAAACCUCCUUCUCUUUUGUAUUUCCAUGAACUUCGCCAGUCACUUUGGCUUUUCACAGAUGCCAACAAGUUCUGUCAAGGAUGAGACUAAUGACAAUAUCAUCAUAUUUACCAGGAUCUUGGAUGGGCUCUUGGAUGGCUAUGACAACAGACUGAGGCCUGGCCUUGGAGAAAAAAUCACUCAGGUGAGGACUGAUAUUUACGUUACCAGCUUUGGCCCAGUUUCAGACACAGAAAUGGAAUAUACCAUAGAUGUGUUUUUCCGACAAAGCUGGAAAGAUGAAAGGCUUCAGUUCAAAGGGCCAAUGCAGCGCCUGCCUCUCAACAACCUCCUUGCCAGCAAAAUCUGGACCCCAGAUACUUUCUUCCAUAAUGGGAAGAAGUCCAUUGCCCACAACAUGACAACACCCAACAAACUGCUCCGGCUAGAGGACGAUGGCACUCUGCUCUACACAAUGCGCUUGACCAUCUCUGCUGAGUGUCCAAUGCAACUUGAAGACUUCCCAAUGGAUGCCCAUGCAUGCCCUCUGAAGUUUGGCAGUUAUGCAUACCCUAAUUCUGAAGUCAUUUACGUCUGGACCAAUGGCACCACCAAGUCUGUGGUGGUGGCAGAAGAUGGCUCCAGACUAAACCAGUACCACCUGAUGGGGCAGACAGUGGGCACUGAGAACAUCAGCACCAGCACGGGUGAAUACACAGUCAUGACAGCACAUUUCCACCUGAAGAGGAAGAUUGGGUACUUUGUCAUUCAGACCUACCUUCCCUGCAUAAUGACGGUGAUCUUAUCCCAGGUGUCCUUUUGGCUGAACCGGGAGUCAGUCCCAGCUAGGACAGUGUUUGGGGUGACCACAGUGUUGACAAUGACGACCCUCAGCAUCAGUGCUCGGAACUCUCUACCCAAAGUGGCUUAUGCUACGGCCAUGGACUGGUUCAUAGCUGUGUGCUACGCCUUUGUGUUCUCUGCCUUGAUUGAAUUUGCCACUGUCAACUAUUUUACAAAGAGAGGCUGGGCCUGGGAUGGCAAUAAAGCCUUGGAAGCAGCCAAGAUCAAGAAAAAGGAGCAUGAACUCAUACUAAAUAAAUCAACAAAUGCUUAUACUGCUGGGAAGACGACAUACCCCCCAAACAUGCCAAAGGAACAGACCCAACUAGAGACCUUGAAUACAUCUUCAAUCUCAGUAAAACCUCCUGAAGAGAAGGCUUCUGAAAGCAAAAAGACUUACAACAGCAUCAGCAAGAUUGAUAAAAUGUCCCGAAUUGUAUUCCCAGUGCUCUUUGGCACUUUCAACUUAGUUUACUGGGCAACAUAUUUGAAUAGGGAGCCAGUAAUUAAAGGAGCAGUCUUUCCAAAAUAAAUCUCUGGACUCCCAGUGUUCAAAAGAGCCAUACUUCAAGUGACAUGGUACCAAGGACAGGUUGAGCUCAAAGGGACUUUUGUAAUGUGGGCAAUAUCUUUUAGGAAAUGUUUGCAUGUUUAUUAGUAUGUACAAAUAAUCUUGCUUUGAUUGUUUCUAUAUUUAACCCAGAUGGUUCAAAGAUAUCACCUUGAUAAAUAGAGCAAACCUAGAAAAACAAGAGACAGUUGACUCUGAAACUCAGAUGCUCAGUAUCUUACGUUGAUAGUUUACAAGUCAGACAAAUAUAUUUUUAACUACUCCAAAUGUUACUAAACAAUUCUUUUUAUACUUCAAAUGUCAUUUCAUACAAAUUUUCCCAGCCAAAAAAAAAAAAAAAUUAGGAAAUGCUCCAUGAUUAUUACCUGAAAAAAUAUUGCAAGAAACAAAGAUCAUGAAGAAUGUGUUUUUAAUUAAAAGGAGCUGUUGGCAUUUAUGUACAACAUUAAUUGCUUUUGAUAAUUCAUAUUGUUCUGAAA